CUAGCUAGUAUUACUGGCGUUCGGCCUUUGUCUGUCUCGAGGGUCGUCUUAUCACGGUACUAGCGUCAUAUGACAGGCUAAUCCUUUGAAAAACCAGCAUAAACCUACAACACUACCUGUGGGUUGAAUUAUUUGGAUAUCUUACCCAUCCUAAUGUUCCGAUUACGACCGGAGAGGGCCGGCUGCGUAUUGCGGAUGUGGCACAGGUGUGACAGCAUCUGGCUCACAGAAAUAGAUGCACGAGUUCCCGAAUCCGUCGAAUUGGACAGGCUGGACAUCUCGUUAAACGCCGCGCCGCCCGCAGAAUGGUUGCCCUCGAACGUAACCUUGAAGACGUGGGAUGUGAAAGAGGAUGCACCCGGAGAUCUUGUUGAAGCUUACGACAUUGUCCUUCAGACUGCAGCAACCGUAUAGCUGGCUCGAAUCGAACAAAUCCUCCUCGCCUGC